CACUGGGAAUCUGAAAGCCGGUGCGACAUAGCCGACAACUGGGAGCAGACGCAUAUGGUUCAGGACAAAAGGGGGGUCUUGCUUGAAAUUACGAUGCAUCUCACAGCGGUGGUCUUAAUUCUGGUCGUGACAGGCAUCGCCAAAGGUUGGGAAUGCAGCGCAGGGUGCAACACAGAAAAUGGAUUUUGUGAGAAGCCAGGGAAGUGCAGGUGCAAACCAGGGUGGCAAGGAGAGAACUGUGACCAGUGUGUGUCCUUCCCUGGCUGUCUACACGGCACAUGUGAGAGGGCAUGGCAGUGUAUCUGCGAGGAGGGCUGGGUGGGCAGCCUGUGUGACCAAGAUACUCGCCUGUGCUCAUCCAGGCCUUGUGCUGGUAAUGCCACCUGCGUUGAGACAGGAGAGGGAGGAUACCUGUGCAUCUGUCCCCAUGGCUACACGGGUGAAAAUUGCCACCUGAAGAGAGGACUUUGCCUCACAAAUGGCUCUCCUUGUCAGAACGGAGGCACCUGUAUGGAUACCGAUGGCUCAGCAGCACACUCUUCUUGUAUAUGUCCCCCUGGAUUUUCUGGAGAUUUCUGUGAGAUAAGCAUUGACAGCUGCCAGCCUAACCCGUGCCUCAACGGUGGCAACUGUACAAAUCAUGGCCUGGCCUUCACAUGUGUCUGUCCGCACGGAUUCACUGGUUUCACUUGUAAUGACAGCACUAGCCUCUCUCCCUGCGCUGGCAGGCCCUGCGCCAAUAGUGGCACGUGUGUUGGUCAACCUGAUGGAACCUUCCGGUGCGUUUGCCAGAAAUGGUUUACAGGUCCCACAUGUUCCCUGCAGCACAAGCCGAAGGCCAGGUCCAGGCCGGUUGGCGCAAGGCCUGUGGACCACAGAGUGUUCGCGCUGACUCCGCAGCACUACUCCCUCCCUGCUCACACCUUCCACAAGCUUCUCAGACCGCCUGAGAGAGAUCUGCUUAAGAUCACCCUAAAGGAGACAGUCCACUCCUCCGGUGUCCUUGUCACCCAUGGUCAGCUCGUCUGCUUCGGCAUGCUGGCCCUGAUCACCUGCCUGGUCAUCCUGGGCACAACAGGCAUUGUGUUUUUUGGCCGCUGUGAGACAUGGCUGGCUAACGCCAAGUACAGCCAGCUUGUUCGGCAGCAAAGGGAACACCUACUGAGAGAAGCCGGCGCCGCGAGCCAGGAAGAGCCGGAGCACUCAGUAAAUAUCAUCCUGCCGGAGAAGAUUAGACUCACCAGCUUUGGGAGAAACUACACCUCCAUCUGAUUAAAUCGUCUCUCCCUAUUCCCCUCUCCCUCUGGAAGGAGUUUAACCCCU